GAAGACCUAAUCUAAAUUAAAAAUGCAAAAGUAACUUUUUUCUAUUUUUGGUUGAAACAAAAUCUCAUUAUAUGGGAAUCCUGAUCUAGAUUUCAUGAUUCUAGAAAUAUUCUUUGCAUGAUCACGUAAAGUAGUUUUUAAAAAGUUCAUUAGUAAACAUAAUAAAAGAUGAUUUCCCUUUUAAGCAAUCAUCUGAAAUGUGGGAUCCGUGGUGAAAAGGCUAAGUAUUAAAUAAAGCAAAUUAGUCUUUGAAAAAAGAUGAUACGAAACUCUGAGGUCUAUUUAAUCAAGACUCAUGAUUGAACAAGAGCUUCACAUUGUCUGAUGACACAGAAGUCCUUUAGUGUGACUCAGAUCAAUGAACAAGACAAUGCAAGUGGGCAGGGGUCAAACGGUGACGCUAGCAGUGGUUCAUCUUUGAGCAACAGUGCAACCACCCUAUCGUAUCAAGAUAAUCAACCGACAGCAAUAAAAAGUGAAACCGAAACUAGGUCUAGGAGAAAGAAAAAGUUGCUUCCCUUGUUCAAUUGUUGUGGUUUAGGUAGGAACAGAGAGUCCGACAACAGAACUAACGAGAAAAAAGUUCGCAGAAGAAAAUCCAGAUCUUUGUGUUGCCACUUUUGUUGCAGAAAGAAAUCCAGGGAUAUAGUGAACGACGCUGAUGUAGUCAAUGACCGAACCUCAUUUCCAAUUCUAACACCAAUUAAUCCUGUGAACGGUAAUGACGUGAUCAUUGUUCAGGAAGUACCGGUCAGUCACGAAGCUGUACAGCCUUCACCUUCUGUGCAAUCAACUGAUUACUCGAAACCAGAGAGAACAGGUCGCCGAAAAAAAUCCAAAUCGUCUGGCUGUUGUAAUUGUCACAGAAAGAAACAUAAGGAUCAAUUCUAUGGUCAUAAUGAUAAGAGGCGAAAAUCUUCGACGCAUUCAAGACAAGAAACUUUAGUACCAGGCGUUGAGAUAGUACAACCACAGCCUCCAGGAAUACCGCAAGCAUUUUUGAGAAUAGAUCACGAACCGGGAAAAGUAAAUGUCCAACCUGGCACUUGUUGCAGCUGCUGGAAAAGGAAUUUUAAAGGUAAACAGACAGGUAAAAACGAAACAGGCUAUUGUCAGACUCCAUCAUCUCUUUCUUCGUUGUAUUACUCAUCUUCCUACGGAUCUUAAGGUUAAUUCAUGUCAUUAUCGUGUCAUUGUAUGCACAUAUCGGAAGCCUAAAAAAUAAAUAAUAAAUAACAAUACUUCAGAAUUUUGUUCUUACUAUGACUACUGCAGAGAGCCGUGUACUAAUUUUUUUUUAAUGAUUUGAUUUUGAUAUGGACAUUGAGUUACGUGACUAGAUGACCUUUGAGGUUGAUAACAUCACCGCCUGCUUGUCAGAAACGUCAUUAGUUGCUUAAGACCAGAACGAGAUUACCAGCCACCUAAAAGACACCACAGGAUGACAAAAGGAUGAUAUCAAUCUCUUAUAAAGGAGAAUAAAUGCAGGCUCUGGGCUGUCUAUGUAGGCCUGUUUGAUGAAACGUCAUUGUCACGUAACGUACGCGUUAAGGUCUCAAAGUUAUUUAGAGCUAAUUGAAUUCGCUAAGACACUCAUAAUUACGCAUCAAGUAAAACAAAUACAGGUAAUUAGCUUCUAAUACGAUAACAUAGAUAACGGAAGUUGUAUAGGACUUCAAAUAGAUUUUCUUUUAGUUCUGAGGUUAUAUAAACUGGAAAUGACAACCACCUUGGUCGCUCAUUUUUUGAAUGCGUUUAUUGUAUGUACUUUUGUGAAUCUACA